AUCUUCCCUUCCAACCUGGUAUCUGCUGCUUUCCGAUCGUAUACGUCUUCUUAUGCACUGGUGCCAAUGAAAAGGAACAUAACGGAUGCGCAGGGAGACUUCAUAGAAAAUGUCACCAUGAUCAGGGUGAUCAGAGGUGGCGAGGUCGAAGGGAUGAACAUCCUGGGGCUGGUGGUCUUUGCCAUCGUCUUUGGCAUCGCCUUGCGGAAGCUCGGGGCCGAGGGGGAAAUCCUGGUCAAGUUCUUCAAUUCCUUCAAUGAAGCCACCAUGGUGUUGGUCUCCUGGAUCAUGUGGUACGCCCCUCUGGGUAUCAUGUUCUUGGUUGCUGGCAAGAUCGUGGAAAUGGAGGAUGUGGUGGCCCUUUUCACCAGCCUGGGCAAGUACAUCUUCUGCUGCUUCCUGGGCCACGCCAUCCACGGGCUCCUCGUCCUGCCGGCCAUCUACUUCCUCUUCACCCGCAAGAACCCCUACCGGUUCCUCUGGGGCAUCUUCACCGCCCUGGCCACUGCCUUUGGCACUUCUUCCAGCUCCGCCACGCUGCCGCUGAUGAUGAAGUGCGUCGAAGAGAACAACGGCGUCUCCAAGCACAUCAGCCGCUUCAUCCUGCCCAUCGGGGCCACGGUCAACAUGGAUGGGGCUGCUCUCUUCCAGUGCGUGGCUGCCGUCUUCAUCGCCCAGCUGAACACCAUCCCCCUCAACUUCAUCCAAGUCAUCACCAUUCUGGUCACGGCAACGGCAUCCAGCGUCGGGGCAGCUGGGAUUCCCGCAGGCGGCAUCCUGACCCUUGCCAUCAUCUUGGAGGCCGUUGGGCUGCCCACUCAGGACAUCUCCCUCAUCCUGGCGGUGGACUGGCUUGUGGAUCGCACGUGCACCGUCCUGAACGUGGAAGGCGACGCGUUUGGCGCCGGCCUCCUGCAGGCGUACUCGGAGAGGACGGUGGGCCGGGUGGAGGCGGAAGAGCUGGUGGAGAUCAAGACGGACGCGGCGGACGGCGGCAGGGGGGCGCACCACGAGGAGGGGUCUCCGCUGCUCAAACGGGGCGGGGCCCCCCCGUGUGGUGCGCAUCAACUCUUGCGAAAAGGAAUCUGUGAUGUAGCGGGGCGGGCAGAGCCUUGACGACGUGGAGACUUUUUUUAGAAAAAAAGAAAAGAAAAAGAAACUUUUUUGGGUUCAACUAUCGAGGACGGCGUUCGGCUCCGCCCUAUCCUUUUACGACUUGAACUUCCCGCCGGAAGGCACGGCCGGUGAUGGGAACUCUUUGGCUGCUGCCGCCUUGAUGUUUGCUCAGGCUUCACGCGGCGCGUAACGGGUGUCGGGGCUCAAUCCUGCCUCGGUUACAGGGUCCUGGGAACCUCCCCCUCCCCACCAAGUAGAUGGUCAGGCUGGAGGCAUUGGGGGCAGAGGCUUCUGCAGCGGCUUACGGGUGAGAGAAGCGCUCUCUGCACAUCCUCAGGGGCUCUCUGCUUCGCACGUUCCAGACUGAUUCCACUUCUCCUCCCCCCCCAUCCCAUAAGCAAUUUUGACUCUUGGAUCCACAAGAUGAAAAUGGGCAGCUGUGUCCAAAGAGGUUCCUUCCCUCCCCCCCCCUCUCCCCGCCCUGAAUCACUCCUGUCUCCUCUUGGCGACCUCCAGCCGUCUUGCUGCUUUCAAAUUUUAUCUUAAAUAUAUUUUUUGGACCAAACAAGCAAAA